AAAUAACUAAAAGUACCUAAAAAUAUUUCAUUAAUUGAAGUUUUGAUUCAACCACUCGUUGUAUCGGGGCAAAGCGAAUUUUCGAUCCAGCAUCGCCUAUAUUCCACUUUUGACAACAAUUUUCCACAGUUCUCUCUCAGAAUCACUCUCUCCCCGAAGAUCCUGAGAGACAUUUUCCUGAAAGUAACAAUGGAGUCUUGCCCUUCUGUAAAGAACAUUCUUCUUCUAGAUUCUGAAGGGAAACGCAUAGCCGUCAAGUAUUAUUCUGAUGACUGGCCUACGAAUAGUGCAAAGGAAGCUUUUGAGAAAUCUGCAUUUACGAAGACUCAAAAGACGAACGCCCGGACAGAAGCGGAGAUUACAAUGUUGGAAAGUACCAUUAUUGUCUACAAGUUUGUUCAAGACCUUCACUUCUUUGUUACAGGGGGUGAAGAUGAGAAUGAGCUAAUAUUAGCCACUGUUCUUAAUGGUUUCUUUGAUGCUGUUGGUAUUCUUCUUAGGGGCAAUGUAGACAAAACGGAGGCACUUGAGAAUUUGGAUCUCAUUCUUUUAUGCAUUGAUGAAAUUGUUGAUGGAGGAAUUAUUCUUGAAACUGAUGCAGAUGUUAUUGCGGGGAAGGUUGCAACCCAUAGUAUGGAUCCCGGAGCACCUUUAUCUGAGCAGACAAUUAGUCAAGCAUUGGCCACCGCACGUGAACAUUUCACAAAAUCCCUGCUGGGGUGAUUCAUGGGUUACUAACAGAAGAGGAAGGAGCAAGGCAGGCUUUUCUGAUUUUGGUUUCUAUUUUCUUGAUUGCUGGUGUAUGAGCAUCAAUGUUGGCUUUAAUUUACUUUCUUCUUAGGGGAUGAUGCUUCCAUUUUCGGGUUUAAAAGCUCUGUUCUUAUCAAAAGAUCGACAUAUUUUUCAUUAUUUUGAACCAGAGAUUGAACAUCAAACGAUAUUAGUGUUACUUCAUGGAGAAUUGUUCCCAAGAAUAAUUUCAAAUGAGUUUCGAUAGCUCCAAGAAGCUUCACCCACACAACAGAGCAGAUGUGGCAAAUUCGAUGCAUUACUCAAACCUGAAAAGUCUUGUCCCAGGACUUGCUUGUGAAUUAUGGUAGCUGAUUACUUUGCAAUGUAUGGGAAGACCUUAUCGGAUCAAUCACUCUUAAGUUGCAUUGCUGUUGUAUUACUCCACUAAAAACAUCUAAAAGAAACAGUGGGCUACUGAAAAUCUGAUAUAUUUCUGAGUUAUUAAGUUUUGGAAUUGAUCUCUCCACAAUGAGGAUAAAGUUGCCUGUUGUUUGUCUCUACUACUACUAAACUUUGUUGUAAUGGAGAGUCUUAUAAAAAG